AUGGUUUUAAAACGUGGGAGAAAUCAUGCGCCCUUGAAAAGCCAAAAAUUGAAGAGUAAAAAGGCUAUUGGUAGUGAUGAAGAGAUUUCUUCUGAUUCCGAACAUAGUGAUAUAAGUGAACACCCAGUGCAGGUAUCCGACGAUGAAUUCGAGGAUGAAACUCCGCACGAAAGGCACGUUAGGCUCACGAAGAAGGCCCUUGCGGAGGCUUUAAAAGCAGUUGGCUCUGAUGAGGAGGAUGCGACAGCCACAUUGUCAGUUCGAUUGCAAGAGGAAGCCCUCCAGGCCCGUGGAAAACUAUUCCUUAAAGUUGCUGAUAAAUUCGAACCCGUUUCUCUAGAUAAUGCCGUUUGCUUACGUGGUCACAAGAAAUCUAUCAAUUGCCUGUGUAUAUCUUCAGACUGUGAAUAUCUAUAUUCCGGCGGAAAGGAUGCAGCUCUAUGUAAAUGGGGCCUGAAGGACUUCAAGAAAAUCAAAUUUGUCGCGGGUGGCCGAAGAGGUUCUUCUUCCCCAUUUCACACCGGUCCGAUUUUAUCCAUUGCCAUUUCAGACGACUGUAAAUAUCUUGCCUCAGGAAGUGCUGACAAGAGCAUAAUCAUAUGGGCUCCCGACAACCUCGAAGUCAUUUUUCGCCUUCAGAGGCACUAUUCACCAGUUACUGCUUUGAGUUUUCGCCGUCAGUCGCACAUGAUGUUUUCGGGUGACCGCUCCGGCCGUGUUUGCGUGUGGAAUAUGCCUCUAACUGAAAUUCUGCAAGACCAAGGGGCUGCAACGAAAGUCGAGGUGCUUUCAAUCUGUGGACUUUCAUCGGAGCGAUGCGUAUCUUCCUCCGGUUUUGGCGGAGCAGGCAUUUGCCUGUGGAAGGUUGAAGACGAGGUCUGUGUCCAGUACGCUGUUAGAGACCCUUCUGAGCACUCAGUGGAAUGUGUGUAUGCCGUGAAUGAUGACCUAUUCGUUGGUGGAUCAACGUCGAAUACGCUGUACCUGUGGCACAUUAGUCGUGGGAGUCCAAUCUCGAAAAUAUGCCCAGCACACCCACCUACCACUAAUGCCAUAGAUUCGGCUACUGCACGACCUGCCGUAAAUUGGGUAACAGCAGUCUCAGGCCUGUUCAGCACCGAUUUGAUUGCCUCUGGCUCCUCUUCCGGUCACGUUCAGCUAUGGCGCCUGGCCGUAGAGGGAAAGGCGUUCUCAUUCGGUGGGGGCAGAGACGGGAGUGAUGACGAUAAUGGGGAAGUCAAGUCACGGGGUCGCCUCAGAGUUCACCAUGACAACACGAAAAUCGUGCGAAUUCCGGAGGGCGAAUUCCAUCUGGCUGGCUACGUAAACAGUCUGGCGUUCUCCAACAACGGGAAAUGGCUAGCUGUUGGAAUCGGUCAGGAACACCGUCUAGGGCGUUGGGAAGAGCGACGAAAAGUAAACGACGUCGUCUGCCUCAUUCCCAUCAGAAUUCCUUUCAAGGAAGUUUCAGAAGUCUGGGCGCAAAGAACUUGUCACCUUGUAUGA